AUGUGGGACCAACUGAAGAAAAAAUUCUUGGACAAGUACUUUCCGGCGUCUCGAGUUGCAAGCCUAAAGAAGGAGAUAUGUGACAUCAAACAACACCUAGGCGAGUCUCUCUAUGAAUUCUGGGAGAGGUUUAAAAAACUGUGUACCAAAUGCCCUCAAGAUCAGAUAAGUGAGCAACUGUUCAUCCAAUAUUUCUAUGAGGGACUACUUUUCAGGGACAGAAGUAUAAUCGAUGCUGCAAGUGGAGGGGAAUUGGUGAACAAAACUCCUCGAGGAGCAUGGGAGUUGAUUGAAGGGAUGGAUGAGAACUCACAGCAGUUUGGUUCAAGAGAGGGCAUCACGACGCGUAAGGUAAAUGAGGUAGAAACGUCCUCUAUCCAACAGCAACUCUCCGAAUUGACGUCUUUCGUACGACAACUAGCUGUGGGGAGUGCCUCACAAGCCAAAGUGUGUGGGACAUGCACUGCCGUGGGCCAUCCUAUGGAAAUGUAUCCGCUGGUUCAGGAAGAAACUGCAGAACAGGUGAAUAUGGUUGGCCACGCGCUCGCGCCAAGAAAGCAGUACGACCCAUACUCAAGUACCUACAAUCUUGGUUCGAGGGAUCACCCCAACCUUAGCUAUGGAGGGAAUAGGCAGUCUAACUUUGUGUCAAUUAGACAGCAAGGGCACCCACAGCAGUACCGUCUUCAUCCACCACCACUCCCUUCAAAUUCAAGCCCGUCCAUGGAAGAGAUGAUGAAACAAUUACUUACUAAUCAACAAAAGACGGAUUCAGACCUGCAAAGCAUGAGGAAUCAACUGGGACAUGUGCAAUCAUUGUAA